AUGACACAACCCCUAUCCCCCCUAUCGCCGUCCUUUGGCAAUUCACGCGGACAAUCACCUGCUUAUGCUCCGCCAUCGACCGUCCGUCGUCGCGGAAUUGACGAGAUCAUGUCAUCGACCGACCAGAACGAUAAAGAGAAUGCGCCGCCGAAGCCUGCAAAACGCGCCUUCUGCUCUUAUGAUGAAAAUGACGAUGAUUACGAGCUAAAAGCUUCCACAACUCCUGCUCGAAGCAACAAUAAUAACAAUGUCGAAGCGGAUAUUGGCGACGACAUGACGGUUGAUCUUGCUGACGGUCCACCAAGUUCGCCAUUCCAAUACGAAGCGCGUGAUGAUACCGUAGAUAUGAAUAGAUUACAAGCGAUGACUAUGCCAACGGCAUCGUCUACAACGACAGUAUCGCCUAAGAAGCAAGGCCCCGAGAUAUACGUUGAUGAGGAGGAUCGCAUUGACGAACCUAUUGUCGCUGGUCGAGAACCUAUAUCAACAGAGACAUAUGAAUCUCACGGCCAAGCGACCGAGCCAGAUCAUACCACGACAAUGAGUGAUAAUGAUGACACUGCUAGUGUACUUCACCACGAACCAAAACAUGCCGAUAAUUCAACCAUUAGCCACAGCUACAUGGAAAUGAGACACAAUGAAGAAAUGAGCACAGUUGCUCACAUCCUUCCCUCCGAAGAAGAGUCUCAUCCUAAUGACAAUGAUGCGAUGGAUGAUACCUGCUUUAGCACCUUCUCGGCCGUGCCAAAUGUUGAUAUGACCAUGUUUUCUAAACUGGUGGCCUCGCCCACCAAGAAAAUCGGCGAUAUCCAGGAGUCUCCUGCGGUUGACCGAACUCCAGGAUACUCUCGACGAUCAAAGGCGACAACACCAGCCACUGCUCGUAGGCGAAGGAUCAUCGAUGAUACCUCCCCAACACCUCAACGAAAGAAGCGCGACGAUAGCAUAAAUCUCCUUGACUUCAAUGACUCUUUCAACUAUUUCCAUAGAGUCUCUCAGCGGUUUUCUAUGUCAAGCAAUCGCGCUUCCAUGAGUCCUAGACGGCGAUCACCGUUAAAACAACGUGACCCGACUCCUUCUCCUACAAAGUACAACCUGAUAGAUUUUGACCUGCCACCACCUGCUACGCCAAUGUCAAUUCCAUCGAUCACUCCCCGUGAAUUGGAGUCUCUAAAAUCUGGAUUCAUGUCCGAGAUUUCUUCAUUGAAGGCCAGCCUAAGCGGCAAGGAAGCGGAGGUGUCAAGUCUUAAGCAAGCGGUUGCCGACGCUGAGCGCCGCGUGGGAGAAGCGCUUGAAGAGGCUCGAAAUGAGGCCAUACACAAGGAAGCACUUGAAGUCGAACAGGUUGAGUGGCAGCGACGCGGUAAAGAAAUGGAGUCGGUGUUGCGUGAAGUACGAGCUGAGAUCAUUGACGGUGAACGCGAACGGGAACGCCUGUCAAAGAAAUCCGACGAAGCGGAAAAGCGCAAGGAGCAGCUCGAAGGAAGGAUCGUCGAGCUUGAGAGUCAACUAGACGCCGCGAAGAAAGCCGCUGCUACCAGUCCCAGCGCGACCAUGACAGAUGGCGACGGCAAAUCAGGCAUGCUGACUGCCGAGCAGUCUGCAAAGGAGGUUCAGGAAGCUGUGGAGCGGGUCGCUCGCGAAUUACACACGUUAUACAAGGGCAAACACGAAACUAAGGUUGCUGCAUUGAAAAAGAGCUACGAAGCUAGAUGGGAGAAACGGGUCCGCGAAGCAGAGAAUAAACUCCGCGACGUCACAGAGGAAAUCGAGCGCCUUAAGACGGAGCGUGAUACGACUAUGUCUGGACCACUGAACCCGAACAUGAGUAUGAUGAGUGUCAUGGGACGAGACAACGAAGAGCUAGAGACAGCAAACAAGGUCCUUGGCGCUCAAAUCAAGGGUCUCGAGGAGCAACUGUCCACACUCAAGCGGGACAAUGAACAAUUAUAUGCGGAACUUAAGAUGGAGCGUUGCGAAAAGGGUGAACUGGUCGCUGCUGUCGAUGAAUGGCUAGCUAUGCAACAAGCCAAUACUGCUGCUCAACCCGCCGCUGUAUCCUCACGUGAAGUCUCGAAUUCAUCAUCCUACUACUCUGCAAGCGAACAAGAUGCGCCGUUAUCAUCAUAUUCCGGUUCAUCGUCUUCCCAGACCAGCGCACGCAAGAAGUCAAUCGACCAACAGCACGUCGAGACUUCUCCCAAGCAGUCACAACAACAAUUACCCACAUUCAAGCGCAGCACAAGCCGAUCCGGACCGUCUUCCAGCGCUCUAAAUAGUAGUAGCGGUCUUCGCCCACCAUCAUCUGGUCCCGUCAAUAACAGCACCGGUAUCGAGAAACGAAGCCGUUUGGGUAUAUACAGCGGAAGCAGCAGCCAUGUCCGCCACAACAGCGGCGGUAGUAGUGGUAGUAACGGUAGUGGUCGCUCGAUCGCCAUGCCGUCUACGACUCCAGGACGAAGUGGGAUUAUGAGCUCGAUUGAACGUAUGGGUGCUGGGGGACGAUAGGUCUUCCGUCUUCCUUUUCAAUAUCAUUUUUCCAUGUCCAUAGUGUUAUUGAUGAUUCAUGAAUGGAGUUGGAGAGCCUUGGAGUGGGCGGAUUGUUUGAGUUUGAUCCUGUUUAUAUCUUAUUCUUUGGUUUCAGAUUGCUCUUUUCUCUUUGAUUCUGGUUUUUUGCUUUAGUUGCAGUUAUCGGUGUUGCUGUUGUUGAGUUAUGCUGUGAUACCAUACUG